AUGGCCGACAUCAACACCAUUGCCCAGCAGUUCACCGACUACUACUACAGCACCUUCGAUGCUGACCGCGCCGGGCUCGCACCGCUCUACCGCGACCACUCGAUGCUCACCUGGGAGGAGAACCAGAUCCAGGGCACCGCCGCCAUCAUGGAGAAGCUCCAGGCAAGUGUCUCCGUCGUUGGUCCUAGCCGGCUGGGCUUGCCCUUCACCCGCGUUGUGCACAAGGUCGUGACCCGUGAUGCCCAGCCCGGCUCGAGCACCGUCGCCUCCAUCCUUGUGCUCGUCACUGGCCAGCUCAUCGUCGACGACGGCUCGAACAUUCUCCAGUUCUCGCAGAUGUUCCACCUCGUUCCCGACGGAGGCAGCUACUUUGUUCAGAACGACGUCUUCCGCCUUGUCUACGGAUAG